AUGAGUGUCCGGAACCCCCUGAGACUCCUGAACCUGGCAGGGAAGAGCCUACUAACUGACGAGGCCUUGGCCAUUUCUGCUCUGGAGUAUCUGCCCAUCGAGCUCUUCCCCCCACUCUUCAUGGAAGCAUUCUGUGGAAGACGCAGAAAGACCCUAAAGGCCCUGGUGCAAGCCUGGCCCUUUGUCCGCCUGCCUCUGGGGGGCCUGAUGCAGACGCCUCAUCUGGGAACCUUACAAGCAGUGCUGGAUGGACUCGAUGUCCUGCUUGCACAGAAAGAUCACCCCAGGAGGUGCAAACUGCGUGUGCUGGAUUUAAGGAAUACUGGCCAGGACUUCUGGAGAAUGUGGUCUGUAUCCAGUGUCCAUGUGUCCCCAAGCUCUUCAAUGGCACCAGGGGCUGAGGACAGGUCGAGGACCGAGCAGCCCUCGGCUCCCUUUGAGGUGUUCAUAGAACUUCACCUCAAGGAAAGGAGCAUGGAUGGAUUCCUUACCUACAUUAUGAGAUGGGUGGAACAGAGGAAAGCUUCCAUACACCUAUGUUGUAAGAAACUGAGGAUUAUUUCAUCUUCCAUGGAUAGUAUUACGAAGGUCCUGAGUAUGGUGCAGCUGGACUGUAUCCAGGAGUUACAUGUGAAUUGCACCUGGCAUCUAUCCACCCUGGCCAUGUUUGCUCCUCUCCUGGGCCAGAUGAGCAAUUUGCAGAAACUCCUCAUCUCCCACAUCCACCUGCCUGAUCCUGAGGAGCAGGAGGAAGAGCACGUUGUCAAAAUUACUUCUCAGUUCCUGAGGCUGCACUGCCUCCGGGAUCUCCAUCUGCAAUCUCCCUUCUACCUCGAAGGCUGCCUGGACCAGAUGCUCAGGUAUCUAAUGACCUCCUUGGACAACCUUGAGAUAACUCACUGCCUGCUUACAGAUUCAGACCUGACCCAUCUAUCCCAGAGCCCGAAUAUCAGUCACCUAAGGGGCCUGGAUCUGAGUGGGGUUACCAUGACCUACUCUAGUUCUGAGCUCCUCCCAGCUCUGCUGGAGAAAAUGGCAUCUACCCUCCAGGAACUGUACUUAGAGGAGUGUGGGAUCAGGGACUCCCACCUUGAAGCCAUCCUGCCAGCCCUGAGCCACUGCAUCCAGCUCACUUGCUUCAAUCUCUGUGGUAACCUCCUCUCCAUGGCCAUCAUGGAGAAGCUGCUGCAACACACCUCUGGGUUGCCCAGUUUAAGUCAAGAGCUGUACCCUGUGCCUCGGGAAAGUUUCAGCUCUGACGGGAUCCUCCAACCUGGGAGACUUGCCCAGUGUCAGACUGAACUGCUUGAGAUUCUGAAGCACUUGAGACAUCCUAGGACCAUCUGGAUUAGCGCCACACCCUGCCCACACUGUGGAGAUAACACAUUCUAUCGUCCUGAACCCAUCAUAUACGGUGUUCUUUCUAACCCGCUGUGCUGGAUGCGGCACCUGAUGACAUCAGAAGUAAAACGACAGUCCUUUGAUCUUCUGGACCUGAGACAUACCUUGAUCAGUGGAACUGGCUUUGAAAUUGAUGGGAAUGGAAUUGCUCUUGCACCCCCACAAAUCCUGUAA